CAGCUAUUCACUCUCACCUUUCUCAUAAGCGCGCGCACAGCACAACGUAAAUCUUCCGGCCGAAUCGUGAAGGAAGAUCGACUUCGGUGGCUACUUGGCGGCAAUAAUUUUCCGCGGAAAGGAUUUCACUUACAGGACGGUGAUGAGGCUCAUCGCGGUGAUCCUCGUCGUCGCUUUUUCGGGUGCAGCGGUGGGCCAGGAUUUCGGCGGUCAUGCGCUCUUCGUGAGAACCCCGGACGCGGAUCCCGCUCGCUCGAGAGUCCAGCGGGCUGCUGCCGCGACAUCGCCGGCAGACGUGAUGGCGCAAAAUAUCCUAGAGUGGAUUCAGGGGAUCUACCAGCAGGGCGCACGUAAAACUCGCCAACAAUCGGAGUCAAACGCGUACUUGCCGCCGUUCAGCACCCAACGACCGCCCGAGAAACCCCGGCCCUUCCAGCCAUCAGGGGUGACGAGUUUUCCAAUCCAGAGGCCGUCAUCACUCUAUACUCCGCCGAAUACCGGUGGUUACCCGGGCUCCGUACAACCCUCGUACACCCCGAGACCGAGCUUUCCCAGCAGCCAGCAACCUACGUCAACGUAUGUGCCGCCAAGUUUCAGCGGCUCCACGUCCUACAACCCUCGGCCGAGUCAACCUUCGUACUCUAACACGGGCUCGUCGGCCUUUCCGCCGCUGAACUCCCCGGAAUCGUCGAGCACUUACCUUCCGCCGCAACCGCCGUCCUUCCCGUCGACCAGUCCAAGACCCGCACCUUUGCCCGGGUCCAUAAGUGGGGCCAACGGCUACCAAUCUUCCGUCGGUGUCGGCAGCACAGCGGGAGGAUACUCGCCUGGAGGUACUCCUGGAACAUUACAACCGCCGGUUACAGGAUAUUCGACCCCAGGCGGCUUCUCCACAUCGUACGGCUAUCCAUCGGAGCGGCCCACGCCAGGUUUUCCAACCCCGGGCGGUGGAGGAUAUCCUAGUUCAGGCUACCCUCCAAGCGGAGGGGGAUCUACUUCGACUGGAUAUGCACCCUCCACUCCCGAAGGACCAAUCCCUCCCUUCACUACGCCAGGUGAAGCUGGCACUGGUACUGCUGCGCCAGGGGUUCCUGGUGCAGAAACUGGAACUGCGGAGACAGGCACUGCUUCUUCAGAAGAAACUGGAGCCGUCACGGAUGAAGAUCUCAAACAUCCCCCGCAUAUUCAUAGUCUCGACGUCGAGUGCAGUAAAACCAUGAUGACGAUCAAUAUCGAAUUCAAUCGCGCUUUCGACGGCGUUAUUUAUUCUAAGGGAUUCUAUAUGAACCCGGAAUGCAGGUAUGUAGAACAGAAUUCGGGUCAAACGAAAUAUUCCUUUACCGUGAGUCUAGAGUCGUGCGGAACUCAAUUCAUCAAUGAUUUCGAGGGUGAAGCCGGUCAAGCUUAUCUGGAGAACGUUCUUGUAUUACAGAACGAACCGGGUAUACAAGAAGUCUGGGAUACAGUGCGAAGAGUACGAUGCCUCUGGGAAGGAAACAUUAACAAAGCCCUAACAGUAAACUUCUCAGUGGACAUGUUGAACCAGGAAAUCGUUACCUUCAGUGGCGAUACGGCUACAGCCAAAUUGGAUAUUCAGAUCGGUAGAGGACCUUUCGCACCUGCAGCUGAUGGACUAGUAAAGAUCGGAGAGACAAUGACCUUAGUCGUUUCCGUGGAAGGCGAUCCCGGCUUCGAUCUUCAGGUACGCGAUUGUGUGGCGCGAGACGAAGCCUCGACCAAUAUGCUGCAGCUCACCGACGAAAGAGGCUGCAUCUUGAAACCGAAAUUGUUCGGUGCCUUCCAAAAGACAAACGAUACCGGAAAUACAGGCGCUUCUAUUAUUGCUUAUGCGUUCUUCCAAGCUUUUAAAUUCCCUGAUGUUAUGGAUCUAUUCAUUGAGUGCAAUAUCGAGCUAUGUAAAACGGAUUGCGAGCCUUGUCCAGGAGAGCAACAAAUCGAACCAGGUAGACGUCGUCGAUCGAUAAUGUACACAUCUACAAACACUUCGACGAAUCCGGUUUUGCUAUCGGACCCGGUUCGUGUCGGACGUCGUUUCAAAGUGAUCAUGUUAGAUGACUUGAGCACAGCAUCCAGUCAGAUCUUGGAGAGCAUGGAGGAAACGGCCGUCGAGACGAUGACAAAGGCGAAAGAUGUUUGCAUGAGUAACGGCGGCUUUUACACGACUUUCUCUCUUAUGUUGAGCACGCUCUUCGUCGCGACCAUAAGCGCGGCUGUGCUUUACAUUAAAUUGCAACGGAUUCGUACAACAAAAUUUGUGGAUUCGUAGAAGGAUAUUAUUUACAACACCUCGAUAGUUACUAUCGUAACGAAGUUAGAAAAGAAGUUGCGUAGCAAACGAUGAACGCGUGCCAGUAAUCAAAUAAUGCUUAAGCAGUGAACAUUACCCUUCAUCGCUUCGUAAUCAUUUUUCCUGCAAAAGAAUUUAUAGAGAAAGACCGAAGAAAAAAAAGUAUACACCGAGAUAUCUGGAACAAAUGUUAUUACAAUUAUGAUAAAUUAAGACAAUUUUUUUUAAUUCGUUGUUCCCGCAUAUCUAUAAAUUAAUUUUUUUACCGGAAUAUAUGCUAAUUUCAUUUUACUCGACAGAGGUGUGCAGCCAUAUUUUACAUAUCAGUUUACGAAUAUAAUCUAACAAACUACUCGUGCAAUCCUCGAAUGACGAUAGUGCUCAUUUUGCGUAAUAUUGAAUACCGUUACGAUAUGGUAUUUAUUGGAUACUUUGAUAUCAACAAUGUAGAUCUUAAGGAUUUUAAAUAAAUUAUGAUAUUUGUAAAAAAAA